GCCGGGCCGGGCCGGAGGACUCAAGAACUCCCCAGCCAGCUGGAUGACAUUCCUCCCACCGUGCUGAGGAAAGAGUAUGCCAGUCUCCCCAUAAUAGACAAGGUUGAUGAUGUGGUGAAAAAAAUACUUUCACUGGAAAUGGCAGGUCAGAGAGAGAAGGUGAAGAUCAAGAUGGAGCAGUUAGCAGAGAAGGUCAGGAGGGCUCCUAAUGACAAUGGUUCCUCUGAGGUACAAGUUGCAUAUCUGACGGCCAAGAUCCGCAGUUACCAGGAGCAUCUCCAGAAACACCCCAAGGAUGCACGGAAUCGGCGCGUGAUGCUGAUGGCCAUAGACCAGCGGAAGAAGAUACUCAAGUACCUGCGUCACACCCGCUAUGAUGUCUUUGAGAACACGUGCAAACAGCUGGACAUUGAGUACACGCUCCCACCACCCUAUUGCAGGAAAGUGAGCAGGUUGUGGCUGGUGAAGAAGGCUUUCUGUCUCAAGGUUUUUAAAGAGGUGCAGAAGCUGAAAGCACCAGAGAGACUAAAGAAGAGACGAGAGUGGCAAGAACAAGCAAGGGCUGCAUGGGCUGCCAGGGAGCAAGCGCAGCAGAGGGAUGGGACCCCAGUGUAGCCAGCACUCUGACCUGGCCUUGUGUUCUGUGUCUGUGUGUGAAGAGCGACUGUUCUCUCCAAAAACAAUAAAGUAUUUUAAAGCCUU